AUUUUUUUCCUCUUCCUCUUACGCGCGUUUCUCCCCGUCGCGAGCCGCUAGUCUCUGGCAGUUUUGACGCACCCGAGUCCAGAAGGUCCAUGUGUGUCUUUGCUGCUGUUGGUUGCCAUGGAACGGGGCGGGCGCGUUUUGGCGGUCUCUGGGCUUGUGUGCGCGGCCGUCUUCUGGAUUCUGCAGGGUCAGGACUCGGACAAGGACCUGUCUCUCGGAGGCCACGUCUCUGCAGCGAGAGAGGCAUACAUAGAGGAGAAGACGCAGAUCGACCGAGGUGUGAUGCAGAUAGUCCAACAUCUGGAGGUUCCGCCCGCCGCCGUUCAGUUCGCCCCGAAGGUCGCCUUUCUCUUCCUGACGAAGCAGAAGCUUCACAAUCUGAACAUAUGGAAGUCGUUCUUCAGGGACGCGCCCAGGGACCGGUACUCUAUCUAUGUACACGAAUCUCGAAACGAUGCAACAAAACAAUAUGUGUACCAGCCACUGGCAGAGUAUGGAGCCCAGACGCUUCCUUUCAUCAAUGGUACCUGGUGUGCGCUUGCUGGCUUGGAGGCAGGCGCCCUACAAAUGAUGUUACAGGACCCCAAUAAUGCCCAAUUCGCAUUGUUGUCUGACUCAUGCAUCCCCCUGAAGUCCUUCGCUUACGUCUACCACGAGCUGGUGGAGCUGUCGCCCAAGACUAGCAAGGUUUGCCUUGCCGAGACGGCUCAGUACAGAACGAUUGGCGAGCAAAUGAAGUUUGAUGGAAGUACUGGGUGCGUCUUCAGGGACUUCUACUCAAGAUAUGAGCCGCUGGUUCGACAUCAUCACCAGUGGGCCGUCCUGUCCAGAGAACAUGCAGCAACAUUUGUGCGGCGUGGGUUGGAAAGCCAUCACAGGUACUACAAUGCAUGGCGGCAGGCAGUUCCAGACUGGGCUCAAGCAGGCUAUGGCUGCAGCUGUGAAGCCACUCCUCUGGCUUCGCUGCUGGUCGAUAUGCAUGCAAAAGGCCAGAGCAGUGGUGACUACUUUGAGGACCUCAAGCUUACUGGAGUAGAACAGAAGUGCUUGACUUUUGUCCAUUGGCAUGGCUGCUUUGUCGGCCACAAGCUGAAUAGAGAUAACCAGUGGAAGUUUGUUGCACGCAUUUUGCAGUCUGCACCGGUCUAUAUGAUGCAGUACUACGCAGGGCACGACAUAUGAACAAUCCACUGCACAGGCCCAUGAACUCGUUACCGUACGAAUUCAGAACGGCGAUUGAAAUGGACUACCUCAAUGAUCUGGCCGACCACAGUUUCAUGUUCGCCAGGAAAUUCCACCCAGGGGUGCAGGUCUUGCUGGCGGACGGCUCGAGAGACCCCCUGGACGAUGUUUUGCCUCGUGUGUGGCGCCGUGUGGACGAGGCAGGCAGCUCAGGAGCAGUUUGGACCAGGCUCAGGAAUCCAGAACUCCCUCCUCCGUACUCCCUGGUGGGCCGUGUUGUCAUGGGGGAAGCGGGGCACCUGUGGUCACGCCCUCAAUCAUUCCCGUGCUCGAGUGUCCAGUGCGAAGACGCUGGACGUGCUCCAGUGCGUGCAGGUAUUCAGUAGUAGAGAGAAAAAUGGUGUUGAGGUGGGAAGGAUGGCCAUGAACAUGCUGCAUGCUGACACGGACGGUCUCAAACUAAAACAUGGUCGGAUGUUCCAUCGUGGCUGUGGGUGCUUGCGAGAAUUUUUGGGGAUCAAUUCAGAGUUGAGGCUGAACGCCAAUAAUCUCCAGACGUGACAGGAUCGCUGCAUUAUGAAUCUCUUGAUCGGUUCACGAUCCAUACCUUCGGCAGCGCCUGCAGCCUUGCGAGGAUAAGAUAUUGAGGUUAUCGAAAUUCUGGACGCCUCGCUGGCAAGCUACCCCCCUUCUUUCCGCGACCGUGAGCACUCCGUCCACGUUACUGGAGGCGCAGGUGUCACGCUGUUCUGGGCGCAUCGGGGACCCACCUCCGAUCCGGAACACAACAGCGGGGGCGCCGCUGAGCACAGCUGCCCCGUGCCGGCGCAGCAAUAUGCCUCGGGCGGAUCCCAUCCCAAUCGUUCUGCGGCUGUCAGCUGCACCCUACCAGAGGCCCGGCAGACUGCAGGCGGAGUGACCCGCCUCCGUCCCGCGGCUGACGUUUAGAUUCGAACCGAGCAACGUGGUGACUAUCCCCAAGGCCAGUGCUGCAAAUGUCUCAGGCAGACCCUACUCCAUCUUUCUGCGGCUGUUAGCUGCACCCUACCAGAGCAAUACCAAUCUUACUGCGGCUGUCAGCUGCGCCCUACCAGAGAACCGGCCCUGCCCUGUCUCAGGCGAAGCUUUUGUUCCCCUUGCUUGCGGCUGUUAGCUGCACCCUACCAGAGCACCAGGCCCCGUCGUUCCUGGCCGUCUCCAGGCUUCCGCGCCCGCCUACUGCCACUUCCGCAGGGUGGGUCGCUGGUGGCGGCGGUGCCCCCCCCCGCUCAACGGUCUCGGCCCCCGUCCGUGCUUUGGGGUGUCGUUCGUGGUUUUUGCCCCCCACCUCGCUGCUGUAGCUGCAACCCAGCACAGCUGAACCACCCCAGUGAAGUGGCCACCGUUCUCACCACGCCCCCUGCUGUGCCUGCCCUUGCCCGUCUAGCAUUUGUGCUUCAGCAGUUGUGCUUCUUUCCAUAUCCUGCGCGCCUGCGCGGCAUUAGGUGAGCGGGCAGUGUCCGAUUGUGGUCAAGGAGGCUAAUCAGGAGGUUGCACAGCGCCAGAAGCUCUCUCUCUCUCGUGGGAGGAUAUAGUACCCCUUGAACACACAUCGGCGCUGCAAUACAAUAGAGUGGGUGCACUUUCAGUGAAGUUCCAGAUAUGGUCACAGCUACGGUCAAGUAUCCGUGGAAGGCUAUACUAUCAGGUCACGUGGUUCUCCGUGGACAUCGUUUCGCAGUUCGCAUGCCUGCGUGUGGACUAUGGUGGCAGGCGCACCCCUUGGAGAGAAGUAGUCAACAUAGAUCGGCCUGGUAAUGCGGAGGUGUGAUCCCCA